AUGUCCAGCAUGCUGCACUAUUCCAAGUCGUUCAAAACUAUCGGCAAGCGGACGGGGGAUCUCUACACCAGGGCGCGCUCAAAGUUUGCGCGCUCCUUUCGCGGCAAUCGACAUUCGGAUCCGCUGCAAGGCACCGAGCAAUGGACGGUGGCCAGCGACUACCAGGAUCCAACCGAGGGCCAUUUGACGGUAGCACGAGGCGAUCGGGUCGAGCUGAUCGAAUCACCAGGGGGUGCGACCGACUUGGUGCUGGUGGCGAUGGCCGACGAUCGGGAGAAGCAGGGCCUCGUCCCGUUUUCCAUAUUGCUGCCAGGUUCG